AACAGUCUCAUUUGACCAAGGACCUCUUUGCAGACGUACGUUCCACAGCAGAGUGGCUACUACUGUGGUUUACUGCAAUCUAGAAAACCAGACAAGAUGGCAAAGUCUCUCCUCUUGUUGGCAUCAGUGCUGGUCUUCUGCAAUGUUGCCAUCCACAGCGCUUUUGCACCCAACCUGAUUGUAGACAUGGCUAAAAUUCUCCUGGACAACUACUGCUCCCCGGAGAAGCUGACUGGCAUGCAGGAGGCCAUCGACGCUGCGAGCAGCAAUACAGAGAUCCUCAGCAUCCCCGACCCCGACACUCUCGCCUCUGUCCUGACCGGUGGGGUCCAGAGUACCAUCAACGACCCCCGACUGGUUGUCUCCCAUGAGCCCAACUACGUCCCUGCGGUAGCCCCUGCCCUGCCACCCCUGCCCCCGGACCAGCUUAUCGGCGUGCUCCAGAGCUCCAUUAAGCUGGAGGUCCUGGAGGGCAACAUCGGCUACCUGAGGAUCGACCACAUCAUCGGGGAGGAGUUGGCCGACAAGAUCGGCACCCUCCUCCUGGAGCUGGUCUGGAAAAAGAUUCUGCCCACGUCCGCUCUGAUCUUUGACCUCCGCUACACAGGCAGCGGGGAUCUGUCGGGCAUCCCAUACAUUGUGUCUUAUUUCACCGAUGCCGAGCCUCUGAUUCACAUCGACAGCGUGUACGACCGUCCCUCCGACACCACCACCGAGAUGUGGUCCAUGCCCACACUGCUGGGCGAGAGGUACGGAACCAAGAAAUCCCUCAUCAUCCUGACUAGUGCACACACCAAGGGAAUUGCAGAGGACGUUGCCUACUGUCUGAAGAACCUCAAGAGGGCCACAAUCGUCGGGGAGAAAACCGCUGGCGGGUCCGUGAAAAUUGACAAGAUCAAGAUUGGGGACACAGACUUCUAUGUCACAGUGCCCUCGGCUAAGUCCAUUAACCCCAUCACAGGGAAGUCUUGGGAGGUCACCGGCGUGACGCCCGAUGUUGAGGUCGAUGCUGAAGAUGCCCUGGCCGCUGCCAUUAAGAUCAUUAACCUCCGUGCCGAGAUCCCUGCCAUUCUCGAGGCAACUGGCGCUCUGGUGGCCAACAACUACGCCUUUGAGAAUGUCGGAGCGGACGUUGCCGAGAAGCUAGCAGCAGCGAGCGGUGACUACAACUUAAUUUCUUCAAAGGUGGAUCUGGAGACAAAACUCUCCGCUGACCUCAUGACACUGUCUGGAGACAAGUGCCUGAAGACCACACACAACACCUCACCCCUGCCACCAAUGGUAAGAGAUUUUAUGUUGUAUUGUAUUUGUAGCCUAUGUAAUACAUUUAUCUAUAGAGAAUACUUUUAUGUGAAUCCAGAGAGAAACUUUUUUUUAAUGAAUAUUUGCCUGAAAUAAUUUUCUGUUAAUUUCAGUAGAAAUCUAGUAGAAUAACAUUGCAUAUUAAUUAGGGGGACAAUUUUGAGACAUUUAUGUUGAUUUCAGAACCCAUCUCCAGAGAUGUUCAUUGAGCUGAUCAAGGUCUCCUUCCACACGGAUCUGUUUGAGAACAACAUUGGCUAUCUGCGCUUUGACAUGUUUGGUAACUUCGAGGAGGUUCAGGCCAUUGCCCAGAUCAUCGUGGAGCAUGUGUGGAACAAAGUUGUUAACACUGAUGCUCUGAUUGUUGAUCUCAGGUACAGAUGUAGGAUCUUAAUUUGAUCACACUGUUGCAGAAGAACUUUCCUGCAAUGCAGGAAAUGUAAAACUAGUAGUGUAUUUGAGGUUUUAAAAGGCUUCUGAAGUUUGUAAUUUCCACUUUGAAUUUUCAGACUUGAUUUUCCCUUACGAAAAAUGUAUAAACCCUACAAAAAUGUCCAUUAACUAUAAUCCCCAUAAUAAUUCACAUUUACUGUUGCUGCAUGUUUAUUUUCCUGCUGUGGCAAACUGGCUCAAAUUAAGAUCCUACAUCUGUAAGACUUCUCUUUAUAGUGAAACUCAAAGCUCAAUUUACGAGCAUAGCAACUAGAGGAACAUAUUUAUGUUCACUAAGAUUAACAGAGUUAGCGAGUGGCUUACCAUUUAGUUGGGUUAAAUGGGGACAGUUGGACCAUAGGGAAAGGCUUCCAACAUGUUCAUCUUUUAUAUUGAAUGAGUUUGUAUAAUUGUUUUUGCAGGAACAACGUAGGCGGGCCUACCACUGCCAUUGCGGGCUUCUGCUCCUACUUCUUUGAUGCAGACAAGCAGGUCCUGCUGGACAAACUGUACGACAGACCGUCUGGCACCACUAAGGAGCUGUGGACUCUACCUGAGCUCACUGGUAAUAAACUCCCAAGUUUCAUAAUGUGCACUGUAUAAUGAGUUUUUUCGAUUUGGAUCAAGCAGAAUACAAUUGUGCGCUGUCAGCAGAUGAAAAUGACUCUCGUCUUCUCUCUCAGGUGCGAGGUACGGCACCAAGAAGAGCCUGAUCAUCUUGAUCAGCAGAACCACGGCCGGCGCCGCCGAGGAGUUCGUUUACAUCAUGAAGAAGCAUGGUCGGGCCAUGGUAGUGGGCGAGACCACCAACGGCGCCUCACACCCCCCUGAGACCUUCCGCGUGGGCGAGAGCAACGUGUUCCUGAGCAUCCCCACCACCCAUUCAGACACAGCCCAGGGCCCCGCCUGGGAGGGUGCCGGGGUCACCCCUCACAUCCCCGUGCCAGCCGACGCAGCCCUGGACACCGCCAAGGGCAUCCUCAACAAGCACUUCGCCGGCGCAAAGAAGUGAAGUCUCCGACCGAGGAUGUUGGCAGCCAAAGGGGUUUAAGAUGUUCUCAGAGGAGAGAAGUGUGUAGGGUACCGUUCAAUGUAAUUGACCAAAUCUAGGCAGCCAGCCUCUGCACCUAAACCUUCUUUCUGUAGCCUGUUGUAGUGUUCUCGUUUUGCAAGAAAAUGUGAGAGGUUCUGAACCAGAUUGUGGUUUGUUUUUACUUAUCGUUUUUACUUCUGAAAACUACUGUGAUUGUAGAAGGAUUAAAGAAAGAGUGAGUAAUUUUAAAUGGUAUACUGAAAUGUGACUCUUAAAGGAGUGGUUCAUAAACUAUGAUUGUGUUUGAGUUCCUGAUCCACUAGCCUUUGUGGCUAUGUUUUGUCAAAGCAGAUUCUAUCUUUGGCUGUCAAAAAUAAUGUGAAUUGUAAAUUGCGCGAGUACAUGAAAGCUGAAACUAGUUUAAAAAGCAGCAUUGAAUCAAAUGCUGAAAUAUUUGUAAUGACAUAUUUGCUUUUCCUAUGAUAUACUAAUAUAAUUUCAAAUGCCAUUGUUAGGACCUUUACAAACAAAUUGUCCUGUCCUUUGGGGGAGCACUCUUAAAUUUGAUGCAGGGUCUUUUUGCUGUGUAUGGGAAGAAGUGCAUACAUGGUGACUUGCCAUGUGAGGCAAUUUGGGUUGUAUCAAUUCCAAUGGCGGGACACAAUAAAGGCAAUGGAAACACAAUAAUACA